AUGAAGGUUUCCACUUGGGGCGAUGCCGCGCCGUUGGGAAUGGAUUGGACGGUUGGCGAUACAGCUUUAGUCAGUGUCAUUAUUCAGCAGCAGCAGCAGCAGCAGCAGCAGCAGCAGCAGCAGCAGCAGCACCGGUUAUCGAAGUACCGAGUAGCAGAGAACGGGGGAUACGUCGGGGACACGUCGGGGACACGUCGCCAAUAG